AUGAACAAACAUUCCCAUCAGAACAACCAGCAGAAUCCUGUUAGUCAAAUGCCAACCCAGACAGAGGUGAAUGCGCCUGUCACAGACCCAUAUGCUUUAUUCUUGGCGGAACAGCAGAAACGAGAGGCGAUUUGGAGUGUUAAUCGUGCCGCAAAGAAACCCAAGACUGCCGAUGUCGAGAGCCUGACCACGAACACUGCGACAAAAAGGAAUGACAGCAUAGUUCUCCCCAAAUCAAGUUUACAAUUUUUAAUAUUCUAUUUCGCACUUAAACAUUCGAGUUUUUUUCAACUUUCGAGUUCGUAAGUCAAAAUUCCAAAGUUCACAAUUUAUCAAUUGAGGCUGCGUUGCAGCUGGCCCACGUAUCAUCUAGACCAUUAGUAGUUCCAGGCUGUUUUGAUGGUCUGUGACGCAGGCUAUCAAUCAAGUUGAUACUGGUUUAAAUUGAAUUCUGCCCUUUGUUCUUGCAGGCUGUGGAAAAGGUAGAAGAGACAAUUGCGUUGAUGCAGAAAAAAUGACUGCGGCACUAGAAAGAAUCGGGGAGCGUCUGGAUCGCCUUGAAGCAGUACCGGUCAACUCAGAUCUGACUCCUCUUGUAAAUGUAAGCAUUGCUUAUUAGAAAUAGUUUCAACUUAUUAGUUUGUUACUAUAAUAAUAGUAAUACUAGCUUACUUGAGUAAGAUUAUUGCCUCAUAAAGUGGAUGUACUUCUGGGUUUUCAUUUUCUUGAGUUCGAGUUUUAACAAGAAAUUUUAACAUAUUUAAAUACAGGGCUAUUACUCGCUAAUUGUUAUCUUUUUAAGCCAAAACGUGUUUUUGCAUCAAUUGAACAUAAUUGUUCAGUUUUGUUAAAUAAUGCUGUGUUAUGCAUUGAAACUGUUUUCUUGAUAGUGUUUAUAAUUAGAAUAGAGUAAGUAGAAAAUCCUGUCGGAAAGAAAUAUAUGUUUCAGCCUCUUUUACUUACUUCUCUUUUCUUUUUCGUUCCCUAUAGUUCAAUGACAGUACGUUAUCCGCUGUUGAGAUGAUGGAGGAGACCCUUACAGAUAUAUCUACGAUCGAUGCCAAUGCACUCUGCACAUUAAGCGAGUCUUUCAGUACAACCUGCAGUCCAGUCGUUCCACAAUUGUCAGAGCGUCAUGCAUCCAGCAGUCCAGCUAUUAGACAUGUGUCUGAGUAUCCUGUUUCCGACAGCCCCGCUCAUGUAACUGGUGUGGUAACAGACGAACUAAUUAGGAGCUGCGUCACACCGAGAAAGGUCCACAGAGUCCGCGAGGCCCUGGAUGCUGAAUCAGAACGCGACAGAUGUGCUAUCAGGUUGCUGAAGCAGAUCUUCACAAAGGAGGAGCUUGCCAUGGGCAACACAGAAGGCAACUUCAAUAAAAGCCCGCUUGACCGGACAAGACUUCACUCGCUAAAAGGUACGUCACCUUUUAAGAUCUCGAUGCGGUUACCUCUUUAGAACUUCCGCCAUAUGUGGUUUGAGUUUGUUGUUGGUCCUCUCUCUUGCUCCGAGAGGUUUUUCUCCGGGUACUCCGGUUUUCUCCUACGAUGAACCACUUUGUGGAUGUACUACCUCCAAAUCAUUAUUUAUUAUUGAUAUUAUUUAGUUUGUUCGAAGUGCUUUACCCACUUAUAAGUGCAUUUUUCGGUAGAGGUUUUAUUAAAUAUUUUGUUUGCUUUCGUUUCAGUUCUGGUCUUCACAAAGUUUCCGGUUGGACCCGAUGAGGAUGAGGGCAAGUGUUGGCGAACCGUGAAAACCAAGAUAAAUGCCAAAUGUCGAGCACAGAGAUUUGCUAUUUCCAGCCGUAUCGGUAUCGAAAAUUUGCGUCCCAAUUAG